UCUUCCCGUCUUUGGGAUGCGCGUUUAAAUACGUAUUUGUCCAUACAUGUUCGCUAAACCUGCGUCUGAGGGCGGACCAUGGUGAAUAAGAUGGUAUAGUCCGUGGCAGUCCUGCGUGACGCGCUUCGCAAGGAGCAGAACAUUCCUGAAACGCGGAUUAAACUGAAGAGAAAAUUCAAAUGGGAGCGCUGGUUUGAACCGUCCGUGUGUGAGCAGAGACCAGUACCACCACAACAACGACAACACACAGGAGAUUAACCAGCGGCUACAGCAGAUUGCUCUGAAAAACUAUUGAAAGCAGCAGAAGAAUCCGACGAGGAAGAGGAGGAGGCAGUUAGCAGCCACAGCGCAGUCAUGGACAAGCCCGGGGCGCUCCUUGUGACCCAGAGCUCCACGCUGCCGUUCUUCGACUCGGCGCACGCGCUGAACCUGCUGCGCGGGAUCCACGAGCUGCGGGUGGAGCGGAAGUUCUUCGACGUGACGCUGUGCGCGGAGGGGCGCGAGUUCCCCUGCCACCGCACCGUGCUCGCCGCCGCCAGCAACUACUUCAAGGCCAUGUUCGCGGGCACGCUGCGGGAGAGCGGCAUGGACCGCGUGGAGCUGCACGAGGUCUCCGCGGCCGUGCUGGGGCUCCUCGUGGACUUCUGCUACACGGGCCGCGCCACGGUCAGCCACGAGAACGUGGACCCGCUGCUGAAGGGCGCCGACCUCUUCCAGUUCCCCUCUGUGAAGGAGGCGUGCUGCUGCUUCCUGGAGCAGCGGCUGGACGUGUCCAACUGCCUGGAGCUGCAGGACUUUGCCGAGGCGUACGCCUGCCGGGGGCUGGCCGAGAGCGCCCGCCGCUUCACCCUGCGGAACAUCGUGGAGCUGGCCAAGGGCCCGGACUUCGAGAGGCUGCCCCUCAAGCGCCUGCUGGAGCUGGUCUCGGACGACCGGCUGUGCGUGGACAAGGAGGAGACGGCGUACCUGAUCGCGGCUCGCUGGGUCAAGGCCGACCCCCAGCGGAGGCUUCACUUCUGGCCGGAGCUGUUCCAGCGUGUCCGGCUGCCCUUCAUGCGGCGAUAUUUCCUGCUGGCCCACGUGGAGAGCGACCCCCUCGUCCACACGUCCCCGUCCUGCCUCGGGCUGGUGGCCGAGGCGCGCUCCUUCCAGUCUGCCGAGUACGACCGGCACGACAGGCCCUGCGAGCGCGUGCGGCCGCGCCCCUCCACCGGCCUGGCCGAGAUCCUGGUGGUGAUCGGGGGCUGCGACCAGGACUGCGACGAGCUGGUCACCGUGGACUGCUACAACCCCCACACCGGGCACUGGAGGUACCUGGCAGAGUUCCCCGAGCACCUGGGGGGCGGCUACAGCAUCUCCGCGCUGGGGAACGACAUGUACGUCACAGGCGGCUCUGACGGCUCGCGGCUCUACGACUGCGUGUGGCGCUAUAACUCGAGUGUGAACGAGUGGACGGAGGUGUCCCCGAUGCUGAAGCCGCGGGAGUACCACACCUCCUGCGUGCUGAAGGGCCAGCUGUACGUGGUGGCCUCGGACAGCACGGAGCGCUACGACCACAGCCUGGACGCCUGGGAGCCACUGCUGCCCAUGCUGCACCCCAUGGACAACUGCUCCACCACCGCCUGCAGGGGGCGCCUCUACGCCACCGGCUGCCUGGCCGGCCAGGAGACCAUGGUCAUCCAGUGCUACGACCCUGACUCCGGCCGCUGGUCCCUGGUCAACUGCGGCCCGUUGCCUCCCUGGAGCUUCGCACCCAAGACCGUCGCUCUCGACGGACUCAUCUACUUCGUCAGGGAUGACUCCGCGGAGGUGGACGUGUUCAACCCCCUGAAGAACGAAUGGGACGCGAUCCCCUGCAUGACCCAGGUCCACGUGGGGGGCAGCGUGGCCCCGCUGGGGGGGAAGCUGUUCGUGUCGGGCGGUUACGACGACACCUUCGAGCUGUCGGACGUGGUGGAGGCCUACGACCCCUCGACCGGAACCUGGAGCCGCGCGGCCCGGCUGCCCCAGCCCACCUUCUGGCACGGCAGCGUCAGCAUCUUCCGGCAGUUCAUGCCCUCGGCACCCAGCGGCUUCGAGGCGGGACUGGAUAACGCCAACAACGAGAUCAACACCAUACACCUGCACCGACACCACAACCACAGGGCCCAGGCGCUGCUGGACCGGAACCACAACCUCAACCAGAUCCACUAGAAGGAAGGAGUCUCGCUGCGGGGCCCUUUCAGCCAGUCCAGGUUUUACACUGUGAUGGCUUAAUAACUCCCAUUGCAGAGCUUCUGUGAUCCAGUGCUGGUUUUUGCUGUGAGUUUGUAAUCAGACUCCCUGAGCGUGUUUCCUGUACGCACUGUGGCUCGCUGAGCUUGUGUUAAACACUGCUGUGCAGCAGGAGUCUGUGUUUCACGUGCUGGAGGAGUUCAUCUGGAGUUUCAGCAUCCCUCUCGCUCCUCACUUCUCUCAGUUUUGUUUUCCGCUAGUAAAGCACCUUUCAGACACUACAGAAACAAAAUAAUUGUGAAACUACACUUCCUGCUUCAUUAUAAAUUAUUAUUAUUAUUAUUAUUAUUAUUAUUAUUAUUAUUAUUAAUUUUAUUGUAUUUAAUUGUAUAAAGCAUGUAAAAAAUGUUUUUUGACACUUCUUUUCACUAAUGCAAGUACUUGACAGUAUGUUUGUGAUAUGUGUGUGUGUGUGUCUAUAUAUAUUAGUGCGAUGGGUGCUCUGUAAUCAAAACAGAAAUAUAAUUUGGAGCUCAGUGGAAUCGAUAAGCAAGGUGAGAACAUGUUUUAAGUUUUGGGGUUUUUUCUAACGCUAAAUUUGAAUGCUUUACAAUUCCAAAAUGUCUCAGACAAGCAGGAGACGGGAGCUGCUAGCGCCACCUGCUGCACGCACACUACAAUGACAGCUUGAAGAUAGAAGGCAGUCUGUUUCCUGUCAGUGACACUGCGUCUGCAGAUAGAACUACAUUAUAAAUACGUGUGUGUGUUUGUGUGUGCGUGCGUCUCACAGUUUGUGAUAUCUGGAUGUAAGUGCUGUUGCUAUAGGUCAUUUUUAUUUUUAUGUGUGGUUUUUAGUUUGUUUCAGAAUGGGGAAGCAAACGUCUAUUAGGCUUGCAAUUAAUUGAAUCUGUUUCUUACAUGCUGUGCUCCUGUCGUUUUGUAUUUUUUUGGUUUUUUGCUAUUAAGGAAGAGGAAUUGUAUGAGGGACAGCUGAUGGCUGGAUGUUUAAAAUAAAGAUAACUGUCAUUCA